AACUGGAGGUACGGUAGUACUAGUCUCCAUGCCAGCGUCUGCAGUUAUCACCUUACGUUGUGCGGCAGUUUUAUCCAAGGUGGUGAGAGUCUGCCCAUCUGGCAUUAUCUUUUCAAGUGCUCGCAACGGCAACGGGGCAUCUUUAAAUCGCUAUAUCUACAAGAGGUUACUUACUAUCAGCACCAUGCCAGCACCUCCGAGAAUCAGUGGAAUGUAUGACUUCAGGAAGGUGACUCCAGAGGAUAUCGAAAAACAGACCGAUGCUCUUAUUCUCGCUCAAAGAGCCGCUUAUGAUAGCAUUGGAUUAUUGCCGUUGGACAAAGUGACCUAUGAAAAUGUUAUCAAGCUAGCAGAUUUAAUGGCAGAGAGAACAACAAUGGGGUCUCCACUGGAUUUCCCUCAACACGCAGCAACAGACAAAGCUGUACGGGAAGCAUCCAGUACAGCUGAGCAAAAGCUGGAGGAAUUUGAUGUAGAAAUGAGCAUGCGGAAAGAUAUCUUUGAUCGUGUUGUGGCCUUUAGUGAAAACGUUGGCAUGGAGGGCCUCAAUGAUGAGCAGAAGAGGCUGGUGGAUAAACUUAUUCUUCAUGGUAAACGUAAUGGUGAGUAUGCUUAACAAGUGCUGCAUUUU